AUGGCUGCCAUGUCUGGCGCAGAUGCUUCGGGGAGUCAGGCCCAAGUACGAGUUCGGCUGACAACUCGAGAUACAGAUCUAUCCCUCGAAGACAAUGCUGCGAUACUCGUGCCGACCUCUUUUCGUCGCUUGACUCUUUCAACCCUCGUCAACAGCCUGCUAAAGACCGAGAAAGCCAUUCCGCUAGAGUUCAUUAUCAACGGCACAUACUUAAGGACCACUCUUGAAGAGUAUUUGACGAGCAGUGGCAUCUCCGCAGAAACGACCCUUGCCGUCGAAUAUCUACGAGCACGAAUCCCGCCACAACACGUCGCAUCUUUUCAGCAUGAUGACUGGGUCAGCGACGUGGAUGUCAUUUCUAGCACCUCCCCUCGCAUCCUUUCUGCCAGCUAUGACGGCCUGUUAAGAGUCUGGAAUACUUCCUCACAGGUGCUGGCUACAUCGAGUGGAGCGGGCCUGGGCGGACACCGCUCUUUUAUUAAGUCGGCCAAGUUCAUAUCUCCCUCCCAGAUUGUCUCCGGGGCCUUUGACCGGACGUUGAGGCUGUGGAAAUACUCGGAGGAUCAAGACGGAUUCUCGGCAACCUUGUCGCCUCAGAUCGAGCUCUACGGACACAAGUCCUCGGUGGAGUCUGUCUGUGUCGAUCCUGCUUCCUCCCGCAUUCUCUCAGCCUCUUCGGACCACUCAGUCGGGUUUUGGUCGAUUCGAAAAUCUGAUGCACCUACAGCACCGGAAGCCCUCGUUCCCAAAACAAGGACGAAAGACGGCAAGAAGAGGAGGCUCGAUAAUGAGGUGUCGGUGUCGCAAAGAGGACCGCUUGCCCUCAUGCAACAGCACACCGGUCCUGUUUCGGGUGCUAUAUUUGACCACAACGACGCCACGGUUGGCUACUCGGCGUCCUGGGAUCAGACCGUACGAACUUGGGAUUUGGUCACCGCCUCUCCUGUCGACACUCGAACCACGUCCAGCGCAUUGUUCUGCAUUGAGCAUAUGCCCGCACUUCAUCUCAUUGCAACUGGUUCCGUCAGCCGUGUAAUCAAACUCGUGGAUCCCCGAGCAUCGGCUGCUACGGUGACUGCGAUGACACUCAAAGGCCACAAGAACUCCGUGGUCAGCCUUGCCCGCGAUCCUACCCAUGAUUAUACUCUUGUCAGUGGCAGUCACGACGGUACUUGCAGAGUUUGGGAUGUCCGAAGCACCAAGCAAGAGAAAGAGGGCGCCGUAGGCCAGAGCCUGUACACCUUAGCCAGAGCAAGCCUCAACGGCGGUCCCAGUCCCGCGACAGGUGACGGUGUCAAAGUAUUUGGAGUGUGCUGGCACCCAGACGUUGGCAUUCUCAGCGCUGGAGAGGAUAACGCCGUGCAAAUCAACCAGAGUGACGGCCAGACAUAA